UAACAACAAUUCGAUCAAGCGAAUCGUUAUGAAACCAGCAGAUCAAAAUGUUGAAAAUUAUAUCUUUAAACGGUUUAAAACACAUAGAAAGAAAAUUUAAAAGGGAAGUAUUGAGUAACUUGUCUGAAAGCAACAAUUAUGCUUUCCUAUGCCGUCAUUGCAGUAAGGCUGUGCAACAAAGCAAAACUUCUCUCCCAUACAGUAAAGGCCAGGAUGCAAAACUUGCCCUCAAACAGAAGGGAAAACGUCAGAAAAACAUUCCGUUUGUGAAGGAGCUGUUUCUGGGUCGGUUUGAUAAGGAGAUGCUUUUGUUCCCUGAACUGGAUAAGUACGAGGAUGUUGAACAUCUGAAUGAAUUGAUUGCCCCAGUUGAAAGGUUCUUCACAGAAAACGUUGACUCACAGAGUAUUGACAUAGAAGGUGAAAUACCUAAGGAAUUGAUACGUCAGCUUGGGGAGUUGGGCCUCUUUGGACAACAGAUACCACACGAGUAUGGCGGCCUGGAGCUGGAUGCUACUGGGUAUGCAAGGAUGGCAGAGGUGACUGCCAUGGAUGCUUCAGUAGCUGUUACGUUUGCUGGACACCAGGCCAUAGGACUGAAGGGCAUUCUAAUUGCUGGGACUCGUGAGCAGAAAGAGAAGUAUCUGCCCAAGCUUGCCACAGGGGAGCAACUGGCAGCAUUUUGUCUCACAGAACCCUCCAGUGGUAGCGAUGCUGCCUCCAUCCAAACUAGAGCCACCUUGUCCGAAGAUGGCAAGACAUUCCACUUGAACGGUGGCAAGAUUUGGAUCACCAAUGGUGGAAUAGCUGAUGUGUUCACAGUGUUUGCAAAAACAGAGGUCACUGAUGAACAGGGGAACAGAGAAGACAAAAUGACAGCUUUCAUCGUAGAAAGAGCAUUUGGUGGCAUCACAUCAGGAAAGCCUGAGGAUAAGCUGGGCAUCAGGGGAUCAAACACAUGUGAGGUACAUUUUGACAACACUCCAGUGCCUAUUGAGAACGUGCUAGGAGAAGUGGGUGGGGGAUUUAAGAUUGCCAUGAACAUCCUCAACAGUGGCAGAUUUAGCAUGGGGAGUUCAGGGGCAGGCAUGUUGAAGAAACUCAUAGGGUUUGCAGCUGAACAUGCCAUCUCCAGGACCCAGUUCAAGGAAAAGCUGAUGAACUUUGGAUUAAUACAGGAGAAGUUUUCCACAAUGGCAGUGACAACGUAUGCGAUGGAGAGCAUGGCCUACCUUACUGCACUCAACCUUGAUAGCUACGUGGAACCUGACCUUUCUGUGGAGGCAGCCAUUGUCAAGGUGUUCAGCUCUGAGGGUUGUUGGAACUGUGCCAGUGAGAGCCUUCAGGUGCUGGGAGGUUUAGGCUACAUGAAGACCUACCCCUACGAGAGAUAUCUACGAGACGCAAGGAUACUCAUGAUCUUUGAGGGAACCAAUGAGAUUCUCAGACUAUUUAUAGCUAUGAAUUGUCUCAAGUAUGCUGGAAAAGAACUCAAAGAGUUCCAAAAGCUACUCAGGAAUCCACUUAAGAACCCGUCCGCUAUGUUUUUAUUUAUGAGGAAAAUGUCAUCCAGGAAGCCUAAGAAAGUCAUGCAUUUGAAUGAAGAGUUGCAUCCGACACUGCAGCAUGAAGCCUGGAUGCUGGAGCAGUGGACACAGUACCUGGAGAAGGCGGUACAAAAACUACUGCGACAGUAUGGAAAUUCCAUCAUAGAUGAGCAAUUCCACUUGAAGCGUCUGGCAGAUAUGGCCAUUGACCUUUACGCAAUGACUGCCUGUAUAGGUCGCACCUCCCGCUCUCUCUGUAUGGGACUGAAGAACAAUGACCACGAGAAAACAAUGACUCAAUUGUUCUGCAAGGAAGCUGUACACAGACUGGAGAACAACUUUGAAGCCAUCAUGUCUGGUGACCAGUCUAACGGAGAUGACCUACGUAGGCAGAUUGCAGAGAAAGUCUUCACAGAACACGGAUAUGCAGCUUCCCACCCCCUGACUAAAAAUAAAUUUUAGAAGAAAAUUCUACUUUGUUCCAUGAAGAUCAAAAGAACUGUCCAGAGUUUUACUAAUAAAACACAUAAUACAUGUCAAUUAAAGUAGGAUCAUUUUUAAAGAAAAUGAAAUUAAACUAUUUUGUGUUCAACAAAAAUGAAAGAAAACUUCACUGAUUCAUGAACAACAAAAUCCUUUGAUUUGGUAAAUACUUAAAUAUAUAAAAUUGAUAUAAAAACAAAUAUUGAUAAUAUUGUUAUACUAGCAGUUUAUUUCAUAGUUGACAAUAAAUUUUAUUUGCUAAGUCCACAAUUAUAUAUACAUUAUUUUGUUAGUGUUGACAUGAAUAAUUUUUAUUCUAUUUAUAUACUAUUUAUUAAUACUAUUUAUAUGAUUAUUCACUUGAAAAUCGAGUAUUGGAAACAUUCAAUUAUAAAUACGUUAAUUAAAAGAACCACCAACUUUUUUGUACUGAUGGAUUUAUUUUACUCAAUUCAAUUUUAUAAUCAGUGGCAUAUAUUCCUCUUGACUGUGUUUACAAAGAUUGUUGUGAAAAAAAAUAGGUUAAGGAAACCCAGUAUUUCUUAAGUGCUAAAUGACAGUUUGUUUUCCAAAGUAUUGUGAAAUAGUGUUGUAAUACAUGACAUAUGAUGUAGAAUUUUAUGUGUGAAUAUGAUUGUUAAAAUGUUCUAUUUGAAAAGAAGAUACAUAUGUACAAAUACAUUUUGCAAAACUGAAUAAGUAUUAAGAUUUAUUUAUUUUAAUAAAGUUUAUACAAAAGUACAAGGAAAA